GGUUCAAGAUUGGACAAAGGCAGCAUUCUAUUUACCUUUGAUUUAAUGUGAGCUUUCACUGACCUAUGACAGUUAAAAUGGGGUUUCCAUGGAAACUGCUACUUCUGCAGUCAUUCAUUGGGUGCCUUGCAGAGAACAGUGUUCCUCGGAAGCCUGUUUUCAUCAAGCAGCCCGGCAGUAUUGUGUUCCCCCUGCACCCAAACGAUCCCAGCCGGGAGGUCACUUUCAGCUGUGAGGCACAGGGGUAUCCACCCCCGUCAUACAGGUGGAAAAUAAACGACACCUUCAUUUCUCUGCGCCCUGGCUCUCGCCACAGCAUCUCAGGAGGAAACCUCCGCAUCAGUCAACUCAAUAAAGACCAGGAUGUUGGUAUUUACCAGUGUCUGGCCUCCAACUCCUUUGGGACCAUCCUCAGCAGAGAGGCCAGUCUCCAUAUUGCCUAUCUGGAGGAUUUUAAGACCCAGAGACGAAGUCCAGUGAGGGUGCGUGAGGGCCAAGGGGUAGUUCUUCUGUGUGGACCUCCACCACACAUGGGAGAGCUGACCUUUUCAUGGAUCUUCAACGCAUAUCCCUCGUUUGUGAAGCAGGACCGGCGGCUCUUCGUCUCUCAAAAAACAGGGAACCUGUACAUCGCUAAGGUGGAGCCGUCGGACGUGGGCAACUACACGUGCGUGGUGACCAAUAUGGUGACCAAAUCCACAGUGCACGGCCCUCCCACACCACUCGUGCUCCGAAGCGAUGGAAUUAUGGGUGAAUACGAGCCAAAGAUCGAGGUUCAGUUCCCCGAGACCAUGUCUGUAGCCAAGGGGUUAACAGUCAAGCUAGAGUGCUUUGCACUGGGAAACCCAGUUCCUGCGAUCAGCUGGAAGAGAGUAGAUGGAGCACCAUUCCCCCGAAAAGUGGAUGUUAGCAGGGCUAGCAGUGUGUUGGAGAUCCCCUACUUUCAGCAGGAGGAUGCAGGCCAGUACGAGUGUGUGACUGAGAACGACAGAGGGAAAAAUGCUGUCAAAGGAAAGCUUUCCUUCUAUGCCCCGCCUCACCUGGUUGAGAGGCCGCAGGACGUUCAGAAGGCCAUCGAUGACUCUCUUGUGUGGGAGUGCAAGGCCAUCGGCAAGCCCAAGCCCUCCUACAAAUGGCUGAAGAAUGGGGAGCCUCUGGAUACCUUCGAGGACAGAAUCCAGGUGGUUAAUGGGGCGCUGUACAUCAGCAGUCUGACUCUGGCCGACACGGGACUGUACCAGUGCGUCGCGGAGAACCGGCACGGCAGAGUUUUUGGCAAUGCCGAGCUAAGAGUCAUUGCCGUGGCACCGGAUUUCUCAGACAGCGUGCUGAAGGCCCAGACUCUGGCCCGGCAGGGUGGUGAUGUGCUGAUCGAGUGCAGGCCCCGGAUGUCUCCACGUGGCAUGAUCUCCUGGAGGAAGGGCAAGGAGGCUCUGAGAGAGAGCCACAGAGUUUCUGUUCUGGACAAUGGGACUCUCCGGAUCUCGAAUGUCACCACACUAGACGCAGGCCUGUACACUUGUGUGGCCAGAAAUCAGUAUGGAGUGGCAAGCAGUGCUGGGACUCUGGUUGUGAAAGAGCCCACCAUUAUCACGACCAAGGCAGCCCAGCUGGAUGUGACCAUAGGAGAGAGUGUGGUUCUUCCAUGCCAGGUUUCUCGGGAUCCCUCCCUUGAUGUCCGUUUCACCUGGUUCUUUAAUGAGCAGCGGAUCCAUUUUGGAAGCUACGGUGGCUAUUUUGAAAAGGUUGGUGGGAAAUCUGCUGGUGACAUCAUGAUCCGCAACAUCCGGUUAAGGCAUGCAGGGCGGUACACCUGUGCAGUUCAAACAAACAUGGACAGCGCCUCUAUCGCCACUGACGUGGUUGUCAGGGGUCCCCCCGGGCCACCAUUGGACAUCCGGGUAGACCAAGUUACUGAAACUACAGCUUUUGUGUCAUGGAACCCGGGCACUGACAACCACAGUCCUAUCUCUACUUAUGCCAUCCAGGCCAGAACGCCUUUCUCUCUAGGCUGGCAGGCUGUCAAAACAGUUCCAGGGAUUCUUGGCAGGAGUCAGCUGACUGCCCGAGUCACAGAGUUGAGCCCGUGGGUGGAGUAUGAAUUCAGAGUACUGGCCACCAACACCAUUGGCACCGGAGAACCCAGCACACCUUCCAAAGAAAUCCGGACUAAAGAUGCACCUCCAAGGAUAACCCCAGCCCGAGUGGGUGGAGGCGGUGGCAGUCGCUCCGAGCUAGUCAUCACUUGGGAGCCCGUCCCGGAUGAGCUACAGAGUGGCCCAGGCUUUGGUUACGUCGUAGCAUUCCGUCCCCAUGGCGCUCAGAGCUGGAUGCAGGCUGCAGUCACCUCUCCUGAGGCCUCUCGUUACAUCUUCAAAAACGAGAGUAUCCCUCCUUUCUCGCCAUUCCACAUAAAGGUGGGAGUUUACAACAACCGAGGAGAAGGGCCUUUCGGUGCCGUGACUACGAUCUACUCAGCAGAAGAAGAGCCAAGCCGUGCCCCAUCGAGGAUCCGCGCUAAGAGCUUGUCCUCCUCGGAGGUGGAGCUGGGCUGGAAGCCUCUGCCAUGGACCACCAGCAGGAGACGCAUCAUGGGCUAUGAGCUGAGGUACUGGGCCGAGAGAGAGGGGCAGGAAACAGCCAGAGUGCUGAGGACCGCAGGGAACGGGACGUCCACAGUCCUGCGUGGCCUGGAUGCCAACACUGCAUAUCACAUCACCCUCAGGGCCUACAACAGCGCCGGCGUGGGGCCGGACAGCGCAGUGGUCAGCGUCACCACCAGGAGGCCCCCACCAAGCCAAGCUCCAACGAAAGUCACGUGGAACACGACAAACUCUAAAAUCAUUCUGAAAUGGGAUGAAGUCAGAGCUCUGGAGAACGAAUCAGAGGUUUUGGGUUACAAAGUGAUUUACAAGCGGAGCAGACACAGCCAUCAAAGGGUGGUAGAGACUAACAGCACCUCCUUGGAGCUCUCUCUACCUGUGGAUGAGGAUUACACCAUCCAGAUCAAAGCGAUCAGCGAGGGCGGAGAAAGUGGCAGCAGGCUCAUCACCAUCCCAAGGAUAGCAGUAGCACAGUCAGUGGGCGCAGCGGCGCACAUCUCCUUCUUCUCUGUGCUCGUGACGCAGCUUCUCUCCUGCACAGCACGGACUUUGUUAUGACAGGCAGCCCGAAGCCCAGAAAUGGCGAACAACUCCUAACGCCACCCGCAAGUGGACACCUUUCAGUGGGUUUGGCAAACCUCCUUACAGACCUUUCAAGUGGAGGAUUGUUUUUGACCACGUUUGGAAUACUGAUACCAAAGCUGCUGUGAAGACAAUGUUGGGGGUUUUUGUUUUGGUUUUUUUUGGUUUUUUUUGACCCGUGAAGCUUCCUUGAGCUCAUAACUAUUAACUAUACCGACGAGAUAUGUCCAGCAUGGCAAUGAAAUGUUUGGUACGGUUUUACUCCUUGAGGACUGAUACAUAAACGAGGACCCCUUAAAAAAAAAAAGGGAAAAAAAAGAAAAAAAAAAGGAUUCUGACACUGAAUCUGAAUUCUCUGCCUCUACAACAGACUGCUAAUGUCGUUUGUACAUUUAACGUCUUCAUAAACCUGAUGGAUGUUCUGGUGACUGUCUCAACAGGACACACAUUCUGCAACGCUUCAUAUUCUGACCCGCGCUGGUUUUUACAUCCUCAAACAUGGGUCUUGCUGGAUUUCAGUCCAUAACUUCACACGUAUCAUUUCUAGACUGUGUUGUCCCAUUAAGUUGGUUCAGUGUAUUGUCCCCAGCCUGUAAAGAGUUUACAGUCCCUCAUUCUGAAUAAGGUCCCUAUUUUUGAUUUGGCUUGCAAUUAAGAAUCUAUAGCUGCUGGCCUCAUCAGGACAGAAAAGCUCCUUAAUUGCCUUGAAUCCAAGUCCUUAAUUGGCUAAGCAUCAAGAGCCACGCUUUGCUAGUGCGUCCCCUGGUAAUGAAAACAGUAGGCCUAUUUAAGAUAUCCUCAGGACCAAAACAGCCUUAAAUACUAGUAACUGUUCAUUUUAUUUGCAAACUCUUUUGUGAAUUAUGUACUCUGGCAGUGUUUUGAGAAACAACAGUUUGGGUUUAAACAGACCAGCAUUUUAACAUUUAACAUUUUUGUUUCUGUGUAAGCUACUGAUUGUGGUUGUUUAGUUACGGUAUGUUGGUUUCAACACAUUCUUUUACAAUCAGUCAGUCUUUUGCAUGAACUGACAUGACUGGCUUGGAAAAUAGUAUUUGACUGGUCUGUCAGCUUUUAAAUAAACAAAGG